ACACGCACACACACACACACACACCUGAUGCUACAGACCACGCUCUUGUGUAACAGACAGGUGGAUACGGGAAAUAAGAGGGAGAGCAAACGAGGGCAGAGGAGAGGAGAGGAGAGGAGAGGAGAGGAGAGGAAGCAACAGAAGAGAAGAAAACUACUUUUUUCUUUGGACUCAUCACCGACGGAUGAAUGACAUUAUGGGAAAUAUGAACGGCCGUCUGCACACGUUCACGCAUUCGCCCCCGUGAGCUUACACGUGCUCUUAAAAAGGAGGAUGCACGUCCUUUGCUUUGAAGGAUGGUGGACACACAACUUCCUGCUCGUCAUCUGGUUCCUACUGUUGGCACCCAAAGCGGAAGGCUACUUCCUGGGGGACACCAAGGCCGUAUUAAAUGGCUGUGAGGACCACUGGACCCUGCAGGACGGCACCGCCGUGUCGCUGCUCUUCCAGAUGACUCUGUGCGUGGACGUCCGGGUGGUGGUCCCCGGAGCCUGGGUGGCCUUCUCUUACAGCUCGGUCCACGCGCCCAGACCCGACCUAGGUCUGGAGGGGGACGACGAGGCCCUGUACGCGUGGCUGCUGAGGGUCCGACACCGGUUUCCUAUCCGGCUGACCCCAAAACGCUGGCACCGGGUGUGUCUGAGGAGGGACGCCCUCGGCAAGUCCAUCAGCCUGGAGGUCGACGGGACGACGGUGGCGGAGAGGACGAUCAUCGCCCGCGCCAUCCCCCCCGCCGGCACCCUGUGGCUGGGCUGCCGUCCCAGAGACCGGCCCCCGGGGGCCUCGCUCGGCCAAGUGGAGCUGUACCUGUUCCGCGUGUGGGCGGACCUGGGCCGCCACGGGCCCUGCGAGGACGGCACCGUGAUUGGCUGGAGCGCCCGGCACUGGGGCGUGACCAGUCCCAGGGCCAGACGGAGGGACCCCGGCCUCCUGUGCGACGGCAGACGGGCUCGUGCUUACAGGAGCGUAACCGACGUAAGCUGUAACGUCCGCCAGCUCUGCUCCAACACCGGUGCUUACUUCUGGAUGUCCGUGAGCGUGGAGGCCGCGGGCGACAAGACGGAGCGAGACGUCCACGACCUGCUGUCCAAUGCGUUCGGUUGCCAUAGCGAAGGAUUCUUCUGUCUGGCCGACAGACAACUUCAGGCAGUGCAGGUGAACUGCAGUGUAAAAAGCCCCAUAAGGCAGACGAGCUGCAAUGUGCUGCUGCAGCUCCGCGGAGCCGUCCCGGCGUGUCAGCUGCAGCUCGCCGGCGUCUCUGCGCUGCAGCAAGCCGGAGAUGGACAACUACGAGCCACCAUCUCAGGGCGGGUGGAGAGAGUCGCUCGAGAUGUUUGUGGGAAUGUGGAGCCCUCCAGUGGUGGGUUUGUGAGGUGUACGUCCACGUCCUCCCUGGAUGAAAUCUGCCGGGGAAACAAACCGUCUGAGCUAACGUGCUCCCGCAUCGAGCCCAACUCCCACCCGGCUCCGGGACCUCAGACUGAGUCCUGCAGCAGUGAUGCGCCUCGGAUCUGUGACUGCGAUGCUUUCUGCAGCUCCGCAAGCCAGUUUUUUGCCAUGAGAAUCAAGAUUACCAGUGCCUCUGUUAAUGAAAACCUCAUAAAAGCAUUGUUGUCUGGACUUAGUGGAGCCCGCAAGUGUAACACGAUGUCAGCGUCAGUGUGCCAAGACAUUUUAAAGCGCCACAAGCAUGUUCAUCUGGAAUGCCAUGGGACUCCACAGAGGUUGUACGACUGCAUGGUGAUACUGGAGAUGUCUGGACCGGUCAAUGGCUGCUCCCUGAACAUACUUCUGCAACAAGUCAUUGACAGCCACAGUAGCAUAACAAUUGAAAGGCCACUCACACGCAUGGUGGUAUGUGGUCCUCCUGGUCUGGCUGUCAGUACUCUGUUGGCAUCCAACCUGACCUGGGUUGUCAGUGACCUGCUGACCUCUGAUGUGUGCCAACCUGAGCCCACUCUGCUUAAAUGUGAGGCAAAUGAGAACUUUGCUGUACUUCUGACUGACAGCUGCCCUACAGAGACUCCCACAACGACACAAAACCCUACACAGCCUUUCAAUCUGACCAACGGCAACAGGACAACAACUCCUGAAGCCUUCACACCAUCUGUGACCAACACUACUGAACAAACUGAAAAUGCUUCGCAAGCUACAAAUCAGCCGAACGUGACCAAUCCACUAGCAACAACUAACACUACAGAGUCCUCAACAGCAAAGUCUGUCAUCGAGAGAAGCACACAAACGGACUCCAUGGGUUCAACAACUACAAUGCCUCCAAAUCACACAACAGAGUACAACAUAACAACAGUCACACCUUCAGUUAUUGACACAACAAAAUACAAUUUAACUACAGCAACACCUUCGACCAAUCCCACUACAGAUUUCAUAACUACAGCAACACCUUCGACCAAUCCCACUACAGAGUUCAAUAUAACUACAGCAACACCUUCAACCAAUCCCACUAGUUUAACCACAGACUUCAAAUUGACAACCACAGUACCAGAAGUCAUUUGGUCAACUACUGCAGCUGAUUCUUCCGAUGAAUCUACAACGUCAAACACACCAACUACGCAUGGUACACUACCGACCCAGAUUAACACCACUACUUCAAAGGUUCCCUUGACUUCUUCGACAACACCUGUCCAAACCAUCCCGCUUACGAAAACAACUACAACAAAACCUGGUACAGAAACUACCUCCACAACCAAAGAGACAACCCAAGAGGCCCAGGAGGAACAAGCCAACCAGCUGCUGAAUCAAACAAACGAUGCGUCUCAGCUCAACUCCUCCCAGGUGUCACAGUUGGUGGGGAACUUAGAGAAGCUUCUGGAUGGCCCCACUGUCUCUCAGGCUCUGGGACAAAAGGCUGUCAACGUCAUAAGCAACCUGAUGGAAGGCGACUCCCUGGCCCUGUCCGUGUCUUCUAGCAGGCUGGUUCGUCUGGUAGACGAUCUGGGUCUUAAACUCGUCGUCGAUGGUGACAAAGAGAUCGUCUCUUCGGAUUCACUGGUUUUGGCAGUGAGGGAGGUCGAUGGGACGAACUUUCCAGUUACAUCCGUGGACAUUUUCAACAUUGAUAAUGUCCAGAUCCGUUCCCUCAGUAGAUCCCGGUCCAAGAGGUCUGGGUCUGGUCUGGGGUCUGUAUUCUUGCCCUCCUCCCUCACCGAUGAGCUCAGUCUGGAGCAGCAGAAUGAGGCCAACAGGGUCCAGUUCACCUUCUACACCAAAUCUGCCUUCUUCCAGGAUGCAGCUCUAGAUGAGAAAACCCUGGUCAGUCCGGUCCUGGCUGCCAGUGUGGCCAAUUUAUCAAUAAGCAACCUGAAGGAGAACAUCCAGUUUACCAUCAGAAACAUCGACCCCGUACACGAAAACUACACAGCCUCCUGUGCAUUCUGGCAGUCGACUCCGGACGGUGGCGGAGGACACUGGAGCUCCGCCGGCUGCUUUGUCGUCAACGCCACAGCAGAAGCAACCACCUGCAGCUGCAACCAUCUCACCUCCUUCGCCAUCCUGCUGGAUUUGUCCAGAGACGUAACGAUCGACCGUCAGCAUGCUCAAAUCCUCACGUUCAUCACCUACAUCGGCUGUGGGAUCUCCGCCAUCUUCUUGGCUCUCACCUUGCUGACGUAUCUCUUCUUUGACAAACUGCUGCGGGAUAUUCCGGCCAAGAUCCUGGUUCAGCUCUGCCUGUCCCUCCUGCUCCUCAACCUGGUCUUCCUCCUGGACGGCUGGCUGGCGCUCUACCCGGCCAUCGGGCUCUGCAUCAGCACCGCCUUCUUCCUGCACUACUUCCUGCUGACGUCGUUCACCUGGGCGGGGCUCGAGGCCCUGCACAUGUACCUGAGCAUCGUCCGGGUGUUCAGCCCUUACCUCAGCAGAUACAUGCUCAAGUUCUCCCUGAUGGGCUGGGGCAUUCCUCUCCUCGUGGUGACAGUUGUGAUAGCAGUGGACAAAGACAACUAUGGUCUGGUCACAUACGGACAAUACACUGACGGCGCUACGGAUGACUUCUGUUGGCUGCGUAACGACAUCGCCUUCUACGUGGGCGUGGUGGCCUACUUCCUCCUGAUCUUCGGCCUGUGCCUGCUGGUCUUCAUCGUGGUUAUGAUCCAGCUGUCCCGGAUCAAAAAGCAGAACCCCCAGAACCAGUCUCCCAACAGGGGCGUGAUGGCGGACCUGCGCAGCGUGGCCGGCCUCGUCAUCCUGCUGGGCCUCACCUGGGGGUUCGCCCUGUUCGCCUGGGGGCCCCUCUACCUUCCCUUUGUUUACCUCUUCACUAUAUUCAACUCUCUGCAAGGAUUUUUCGUCUUCAUUUUCCACUGUGCUUUGAGGGAGAACGUCCGCAGGCAGUGGAGGACGUACCUUUGCUGCGGGAACCUGCGAUUGGCUGAGAACUCGGAUUGGAGUCGGACGGCCACCCAGAACAAAAGGGGUACGUCCGUCGCCACGGCGACCACCUCGGUCCCCUACCUCACCUCCCGAUGCUCCUCCGUCAUCAGCGACGUCACCGGUUCGUUUGUCGCUGAACGCCUGAACACCUGAACGCCUGAACACCUGAACGCCUGAACACGUGAACGCCUGAACGCCUGAACACCUGAACGCCUGAACACGUGAACGCCUGAACACCUGGACGCCUGAACGCCUGAACACCUGAACACCUGAACGCCUGAACACCUGAACGCCUGAACACGUGAACGCCUGAACACCUGGACGCCUGAACACCUGAACGCCUGAACACGUGAACGCCUGAACACGUGAACGCCUGAACACCUGGACGCCUGAACACCUGAACGCCUGAACACGUGAACGCCUGAACACGUGAACGCCUGAACACCUGGACGCCUGAACGCCUGAACACCUGAACACGUGAACGCCUGAACACGUGAACGCCUGGACGCCUGGACGCCUGAACACCUGAACACGUGAACGCCUGAACGC